CUGUGAUCAUGACUAGAUGUGCUACUUGUCUUUAAGCACUGGGAGCAGUUUUUGUUUUCAAUUCAUUGAUUCAAUGUCUUAUUGAACGUGUUCCCCUCUUUAUGAAGUGGGGCGGGCAAUUUUUUGCUUUGAUUUGCUCUAACCUUGUGGCCCUGUGAAAAUUAAAAUAUCUGAUGUUUAUUGUGACUUGUGAGGUGCUUCUGGCCUCGGUGAAAGCUUACGAUAGUUGCACAAUUCGUUGUUGGAUAUAUUGGAUACGGUAUUUUAAUCCCAAACUAAUUAAAUACAACCUAGCCAGACAUCCUGGGCUUGGAACAUUUCAUGGAGGGCCAUUCUUCGUUGAGUUAAGAUAUGUUGGACGCGGUGAGAACCCAUCCCGGUCUCUCCUGCCCUUACAAUCCUGGGCCCCGCCCCCAUAUUGUAAAGCAGGAGGGACUGGGAUGAACUCUCAUCAGGAAAGAAUCAUGAUCCGUUGGACACCUGAUUCAAAAGAGUUAUCAUGUCCAAAUCUCGUUGUGUCAUGUGUAAUUAGAUCAUUGCUGCACCAUAUGUUGAGAGAAGCCAAUAAGCAUGAUAACUAGUUUUAGUAAGUCCAUGCCUUGCUAGCUAAGCUUGGCUUUUGUUCUCCUCCUAUUGUACAACGAUUAAUCACACAUUACUAAACACACAAGUUUAUAAGAAAAUACACGAGACCAGGCUUCUCUUGUCGGAAUGGUAAGCUUACACCAUUGGAAGAUUUUAAUUUAUUGGGAUAUGUUGAUUAAUAUGUUAGGCCUCAAGAGGAUCUCGAGAGGGGGGAGAAUACAAUUGGAACGCAUAACAAGUUUUAAAAAAAUACAUAUAAACAAGUAUGAUAUUUUUAAGUUGUGUUGAAAAAGAAGUAUAUGAAUAUAAAAGAUUUAUAAAUUUAAUGUUUCAAAAUGUCAUGCUCAAUUAUAUAUAUUCUCUUAAAACUCAUUGUACAACUUAGUUGUGCAUCUUGGGGGAAAAAAAAGGGAAAACAAAACUAGGUCACACUAUGAGUUCCAAGAAAACACAUUUAAGCAAUUAUAUUUAGUAGGACUGUGCAAUUUACCCGAUAACCCGUAUAUCCGCCCAUACCCGCCCGACCCGUUAUUAAAUGGGUAAACCCAUACCCAUUAUUUAAGUAAAAUAAACGGGUAUGGGCGGGUAUAUACCCGUAUAUCAGUAAACGGGCGGGUGACGGGUAAGGAUACGGGUGGCCCGUACCCACCCAUUUAUGUUUUUUUAAAAAAAUGCUGGCUGUGGCUGGAGACUGGGUCUGACAAUCUGAGAUGUAUUUGGUUUUGGGCUGGGGAUUGUUUUCAAAUAAAAAAAAGACCCACAAACCAGUUUGGUUUCAAGCUAAAAUCAAAGGCAUGAGCGUGACCGUGAAACACUGAAACUGAAGUACCGAGUCUAAACCCGUGAACCAACUCUGCUUUAUCGUGACCCGUGAAAUCAGAUGCCCGUUCUCUCAGUUGUGUCGGUGUGUGAGAUAGUGAGAGUCUCACUCUCAGUUGUGCCCUAAAUCGGUCCUCUCAGAGUGUGCGACUGCCAACUGCUGAGCUGCGAGGUGUGAGGCUGUGAGUUGCUGAGCUGAUCCUCUCGUCCUCUGGCACUUCGGUUCUCAUCCUCUGGUCUGGUUUUCCAUUUUGCUUCACCAGUAGCGAGUGACGUUUUAAGUUUUCACAGCCUUGUAAGCACCGGAGUAUCGUAAGGCUACAAGGUACAAGCUAUGGAAGGGGACCAUGAACCUAAAACUACCACCACCGUCAUAGCACCCAUUGAGUCUAAACCUAUCCAAGUUGAAGAAGCACCACCCUCCAAACGUAAAAGGAGCACAACAUCUGAAAUGUGGAAUCAUUUUGAGAAGUUUAUAAACAAAAAAGGUGAGCAUCGGGCUAAAUGCAACUAUUAUGGAAAGGAUUUUGCUGGCCAUUCUUCUAAACUGGGACUAAGAACCUUUGGCAGCAUUUUGAUUCUUGCUCAAAGAAUCCAAACAAAGCUAAGGCAGGACAAUCCUUACUCUCUGCUUCCUUUGGUAAAUCAAUGACUUAUCAUUCGUAUAAUGCAGAAAGGUGUAAAAAAGCAGUUGCUGAAACAAGGUUUUAAAAAAAUGUUGGAAGUGCUUGAACCGAGAUUUACAUGCCCCUCUCGCACCACUAUGGCUAAGUUGUGCUACAAGAUAUAUUUAGAAGAAGCAAAACGUUUGAAAAAGUAUUUUAAGAAAUCUAAAGUUCGUGUGUCCCUCACCACAGAUUGUUGAACUUCAAUUCAAAAUUUCAACUACAUGUGUUUGACAGCUCAUUGGAUUGAUGAGGAAUGGACAUUACAGAAAUGAAUUUUGAAUUUUUGUGUGGUGGAAAACCAUAAAGGGGAUACCAUUGACAAUGAAAUUGAGGGAUGCUUAUUCUAUUGGGGUAUUAAGAAAGUAUUUACAAUUACAGUUGAUAAUGCUUCUUCUAAUGAUUCUGCUAUUAUGUUUUUAAAAAAGCGUUUGAAGGAUUUGGGAGGUCUAGUUUGUGAUGGAGAAUUCUUGCAAAUGCGGUGUGCUGCUUAUAUUUUGAAUUUAAUUGUUUCAAAAGGCCUUAAAGAUAUGAAUCAAUCUAUUGAACUUAUUCGGCAUACAAUCAAGUUUGUUAGAUCUUCUCUUGGUAGGCUUAAAAAAUUUAAGGAGCUUGUUGAAAAAUUGAGAAUUGAUUCAAAGAGUCUUCUUAGCAUGGAUUGUCCCACCAGGUGGAAUUCAACAUACAUCAUGUUGCAGAAUGCCGUUAAGUUCACUAAGGUCUUUGAUAGAAUGGAGGAUGAGGAUCAAGAUUACAAGAACUACUUCAAAAAGAAAGUUAAACUGUCUUCUAGCUCAAGCUAUGUUGAUAGGAUGGAAGAGGAGGAUGAAGAUGAACUUGGUGAUCAUGAUGGUGAUGAAGAGGAAGAGUCAAUAGCUUAAUAUUCUGCCAUAUCAAGUGACUCCGAAGAAGAUAAAUAAGGAUCGAUGAGACUAAAUGAGUUUUCACUUUAAAAAUUAAAAUGAUUGAUCCUUGUUUAUUUAGUAUUUGUUGUUAAAAUAUUUGUCCUUAUAUUAUUCAUAGAUUUAAACUUUUAGAAUGAUGCUACUUAAGUACUUAUGUCAAGUUAUAGUGGGAUGAAAAUCAUAUGUUUUGAUUCUUUUUUUUUUUAAAGAAAAUGAGUGUUGUGGGUAAACGGGUGGCCCAGACUCGCCCAGACCCGUUUACACUCAUUUAAAAACUGGUGCAAACGGGUAUAAAUGAGUACGGGCGGGUAGCCACCCAUUUACCCAUAAAUGGGCGGGUAACGGGUAAGACCACGGAUGACCCAUACCCGCCCAUUUACACUCCUAAUAUUAUUUAGGAAUGUUGACUUAUGUAACAUCUAUUUUGUACCGUGCUUAGUUACUACAAUGUCUCGAUUUAAGCAGUGUCAUUAUAGCAAUCUACAUUUUCUCAAGCUUUGAUCAUGUAGAAUUCAAAUAAGAUAUAUAU